UUGAAAAUUGGAUGUUCUCUUCGUGAGCAGGCAGGCAGGCAGUGGAGCCGGGCGAAAUCCGGAUUUUUUUUUGGAUAAGUCUCCUUUUUUAUGUUUCGCGUGCUUUUCUCCCGUUCGCAUCUCCCUCUCUUCCUCUGUCCAAAUUUCUCGUCGGCCAUCGAUGGUAGCCUGCCUGCUGCACGGCCACUCGCCCUUCGCCGCUGCUCGCAGCCCCCGCCUUCCUCUCUUUCCCAAACCCCUCUCGGCGUUUCCCUUCUGCCGGCGCCCUUCCCUCUCCGACCGUCGAUCUACUCCCCGAACCGUCAAUGCCGUCGGGCCCAACUCGUCUUCCUUCCCCAAUCCUCAAAAACAGAUGCAGCAGCAGCAGCAGCAGCAGCAGGUGAGGACUUUGUUCCCCGGCGGGUUCAAGCGGCCGGAGAUUAGUGUCCCCACCUUGGUGCUCCGAUUAAGCGUCGACGAGUCGAUCGAAAGGGGGGCCGAAAUUGACUUUGCCUUGCCCAAAGGAGUCGGAGUGGUUGUGCUCGACGGCGGCGACGAGACUGGUGGCAGGCUUUACGAGGCGGCGUGUGCUUUGAAAUCAUUGGUCGGCGACAGGGCCUACCUUCUAAUCGCCGAACGCGUUGACAUUGCUGCUGCUGUCGGGGCGAAUGGAGUGGUGCUAUCAGAUUCGGCUAUUCCCACACUUGUGGCAAGGAACAUGAUGAUGAAAUCAAAGUCCGAUUCAGUGUAUCUUCCUCUAGUAGCAAGGACAGUACAAAGUACAGCUUCUGCUUUAAGUGCUUCUAGUUCAGAAGGUGCUGAUUUUCUUAUAAUGAGUAUGAAGGCAGACAAAUUUGAUGAUAUACUCGGGAGUUCUGUUAUUCAGCAGAUGAAAGUUCCACUUUUCUUCAUUGCAACUGACUUUUUUCCUGACAGAUUACCUUCAGACAUGGCAUCAAAUUUGUUGAAAGCAGGUGCUAGUGGAAUGGUUUUGUGCUUGAAUGAGUUGAAAAGCUUUGAUGAUGGAACUCUGAAGAUGUUCUCCAGACCAUAUAUGGCUAAUGGAACAAUGCAAGAUAAAUAUCAAAAUUCAAGAGCUAAAAUGGACGACGCUAGGUUUGCGAAUAACAGGCAGGCAGGGAUCAUGGGAUUCUCAAAAUUAGAUGACCGUGAGCUAGAAUUAAUUGAAAGGGAAAGAGUAUUGAUAAAUGAAGCAGUUUCUAUCAUUCAAAAAGCGACACCAAUGAUGAAGGAUGUUUCACUUCUUGUGGAUGCUGCAGCUCGUCUUAGUGAGCCAUUUUUGCUGGUUAUUGUGGGCGAAUUUAACUCUGGAAAAUCUACUGUUAUAAAUGCCCUUCUUGGACGGAGAUAUCUCAAGGAAGGAGUGGUUCCUACUACAAAUGAGAUCACACUGCUUUUGCAUUCCGAGACAGAGUCUGCCAAUCACAGCCACUGCGAAAGAAAUCCAGAUGGACAAUUUAUAUGCUAUUUGUCAUCUCCAAUACUCAAACAAAUGAACCUUGUAGAUACACCAGGAACAAAUGUGAUUCUUCAAAGGCAACAACGUCUAACUGAAGAGUUUGUGCCCCGUGCUGACUUGAUUCUCUUUGUUAUAUCAGCAGAUCGACCAUUGACCGAAAGUGAGGUUGCCUUUCUUCUUUAUGUCCAGCAGUGGAAGAAAAAAGUUGUAUUUGUUUUAAACAAAUUGGAUCUUUAUCGAACAAGCAGUGAGCUUGAGGAAGCAACUUCCUUUGUAAAAGAAAAUGCACGUAGACUGCUUAACUCAGAAGAUAUAAGGUUAUUUCCUGUAUCUGCACGGUCUGCUUUGGAUGCGAAGCUCUCCUCUUCAAGUUACAAAGCGGUAAAAUAUGAGGAAGCCUUGUUUAGUGAUAGUCGUUGGAUGAGCAGUCAAUUUUAUGAGCUGGAGAAGUUCUUAUUUAGUCUUUUAGAUGGAACAACAGAAAGUGGUUUGGAGAGAGUGAAGUUGAAACUUGAAACACCGCUUGCUAUUGCUGACAAGCUAUUAUCUUCCUGCCAAGCACUUGUAAAACAAGAAAAUGAAAUUGCCAGUGAGGAUUUGAUUUCGAUCGCUGGAAUCCUUAGCAGUGUAAAAGACUAUUCUGCAAAAAUUGAGAGUGAGAGUGUUACAUGGAGGAAGAGUAUCACAUCUGCGGUUGAGACAGCAAAAUCCCGAGCACUGAAGCUAACAGAUUCCCUCCUCAGAUUGUCAAAUAUUGAUCUUAUACCUACAUAUGCUUUGAAAACAGAAAGAGUUGGUUCUACCUUCGCUACCUCAACUUUCCAAAAUGACAUCAUUAAUCCUGCUCUUUCUGAUGCACAAAGAGUUCUUGCUGACUACUCAGAAUGGUCAGAGUCGUGUAAUUCUCGUGAAGCAAAGCUCUACUUGGAGCACUUUAAAAAACAAUGGCCCGCAUUAGUUGAUACUAAUGGUGAGUUUCAUCUGGAAAAAUAUAGUAUCAAUAUCGCGUCAGGGGAUUUCAGCUCUAAGGUGAUAGAGAACUUCAGUUCUGGUGCAGCUGCAAGACUUUUUGAACAAGAAAUACGUGAAGUGGUUGUAGGGACCUUUGGAGGGCUCGGAGCAGCAGGGCUGUCUGCUUCACUUCUUACAUCUGUUUUGCCAACCACCUUAGAGGAUCUCCUUGCUCUUGCUUUUUGUUCAGCUGGUGGGUGGCUUGCAAUCUCAAAUUUUCCAAGAAGAAGAAAAGAGACAAUGGAGAAGGUCAGCAAGGUGGCUGAUAAAUUGGCUACCGAACUCAACGAUGCUAUGUUGAAGGACCUGAUGAAUAGCGUGGAGAAACUAAAUCAGUUUGUCGAAGCUAUUAGCAGACCUUAUGUGGAUGCAGCUCAGGACAGAAUAGAUCGAUCCAUAGAAAUGCAAGAGGAGUUGGCAAAGGCUGAACAGAAUCUACAAGCUCUGAGAGUCGAAAUUCAAAACCUUCAUGUUUCAUGAAGCCGAAGCCCCUUGGGUACGUAUCGAAUCGCUAGUGAAGAGUUGUUGGAUUCAGAGAAAGAGUUGAUUUUUCAAGCGAUAUUCUUUGACGUUGUAAGAAUACAACUUCGUUUAUGAUCCAGCCUUAGUACUACUUUAAUGCGCGUC